UAUAGUAAAAGGGAGAUCACAAGAUUAUCUUGAGUUCUCCUUUCUAAUAUGCAAUUGAUUAAUUACAUGACCAAUCCAAUAGGUUUCUUUAUCCACAAGGUGAAUUAUAUUAACCUCAAUCAUUAGACUAAGUUUAAAUAUUGCAAAAGAAAGCAAACAAGUUUGGGAAUAGACAAUAGAAGUGGUUUACAAAACUACAGCCACUCGUAAAUCAAACCUGCUGAAACUCACCAGGAUUUUGUUUAAGAUUACAAAAGAGACAACUCAGUUUCAGUUCAUUCUCAACCUAUCAUUAAACUCGUUGAAAUAAUAUGUUUUUGCUCAAAUGUUAGCAAAUGAUCUGGAUGCAUGAUAAAACUGUUCUCCACAGACAUGGAUGGGAACAAUCAGACUAUGGUCACAGAAUUCCUCCUCCUGGGACUCACUGGACAAUCAGAGAAAGAAGAGAUCGUCUUUGGGAUGUUCUUGUGGAUGUACCUGGUCACCAUCUCUGGGAACCUUCUUAUCAUGCUGGCCAUCAGCUGUGACCCUCAUCUCCACACACCCAUGUACUUCUUCCUGGCCAACCUCUCCACUGUUGACAUUAGUGCUCCAUCUGUCACUGUCCCCAAGGCGCUGGUGAAUCACAUUGUGGGAAGCAAGUCCAUCUCUUAUUCGGAGUGCAUGACCCAGAUCUAUUUCUUCAUAGCAUUCAGCAACAUGGAUGGCUUCCUGCUGAGUGUGAUGGCCUAUGACCGCUAUGUGGCCAUUUGUCACCCACUCCACUACACCCUGAUGAUGAGGCCCAGACUCUGUGUCCUCCUGGUGGCCAUAUCAUGGAUCAUCACAAACCUGCAUGCUCUCUUGCACACUCUGCUCAUGGUUCGGCUCACCUUCUGUUCCCACAAUGCAGUGCACCACUUCUUCUGUGACCCCUACCCUAUCAUGAAGCUCUCUUGUUCUGACACCUUUAUCAACGACCUGAUGGUCUUCACCAUUGGUGGGCUGGUAUUUCUGACACCAUUUACAUGCAUUAUUGUUUCCUAUGCCUAUAUCUUCUCUAAGGUUCUGAAAUUACAGUCUGCCCACGGAAUAAGGAAAGCCCUGUCCACAUGUGGAUCUCACCUCACUGUGGUCUCCCUUUUCUACGGGUCAAUCUUGGGCAUUUAUAUGCACCCUUCAUCCACCUACACAGUACAGGACACAGUGGCUACUGUCAUCUUCACAGUGGUGACACCCAUGGUCAAUCCCUUCAUCUACAGCCUGAGGAAUCGUGACAUCAAAGGAGCCCUGAGGAAGAUAAUUCUUAGAUCUUAG